AUGUCUCAACUACCCGUAUUCAAUCCGCCAUCCCCGUUCCUGGCCCAUAUGCCAGCAGGGCUUGGAAUCUAUCGGAAAAUUACGAUUCGCGGUAAAAUGACUCACGACCAAUUCAACAUUAACCUGCAAACCGGCCCGAACACCAACCCGCGUGACGAUACGGCAUUGCACAUCAGCAUUCGACCGCGGGACGGUGUCAUCAUCCGUAACUCGGUCCAGUUCCGCAACUGGGGCAUCGAGGAACGAUUCGGUGGAUGUCCGGUGCAGAAGAAGUCAUACUUCGACGUGACCAUCACGGUGAAGCCGGAGGGCUUUGGCAUUGCGGUGAACGGGGCGCACUAUUGUGACUUCAACCACCGUCUACCGUACGCGUCGAUCCGCUUCAUCCACAUCGGUGAAGGUGCGAAAGUGGACGCCAUCACGUCAGAAUAA